GGUACGAGGCUCAGUACCUGCACAAGAUACAGACAGAACGCAAACAGACUGCAGGAUGAAGAUCUGUAUCAAGAUGGAGAUGCUGGCGACGAUGGUCGCACUGUUCCUGGCUUUAGGUGUGAGUAACGGCCUGGUGAUAGGCAAGUGUCGACUGGGGAGCGAACUGAACUCGACCCUACCUGCAGACCUUUUGGACAAGUUCACCAACCUGGUGUCUCAGAUUGUGUGCCAUGCGGAGCUGAGCUCUGACUUCAACACCAGCACAGUAACUCAAAUCACUGGACCCAACAUUUGUAGUUUCUUCAAGAGUCGUCAUUGUAGACGCAAGAGCAGGUCUGCAGAGUCAAGCAGUGAGGAGUCCAGUGAGGAAGACAUUGACUCAUCCAGUGGUGCACAACGCCCAAGAAGAUCUGCUGAAGAUUCAAGCAAUGAUUACUCCAGUGAGGGAGACACCGACUCAUCCAGUGGUGCACGACGCCCAAGAAGAUCUGCUGAAGAUUCAAGCAAUGAUUACUCCAGUGAGGGAGACACCGACUCAUCCAGUGGUGCACGACGCCCAAGAAGAUCUGCUGAAGAUUCAAGCAAUGAUUACUCCAGUGAGGAAGACACCGACACAACCUAUAGGCCACCAUACCACAAAAGACCUGAUGAAGAUUCAAGCAUUGAUUACUCCAGUGAGAUAGAUGUCAAUAUAACCUAUAGGCCACAACGCCAAAGAAGAUCUGUUGAAAAUUCAAGCAGUAAAAAAUGCAAUAAAGGAAAUCUGUGGACCUUGUAUGGGUUGUUCCAGUUGCCCGAUCGCAUCUUCUGCACCUCUGGUUUGGAACCAUCUCUCAACCUCUGCCGUAUCCCCUGUGAUAAUCUGAUUGAUGACGAUAUCAGAGAUGACAUCAUCUGUGUUGAGACCCUCCUCAAUAAGACGUUGGCAGCAAGAAAGAAGCGAGGACCAUUGAAAGCGUUCUUCAAAAAACUGUAUAAUGGUUUCUUCCAGAAGGAAUGUGCGUAUGUGAAUGACUUCGAGUACUUCUCCACUUGUUUUUAAAUCAGACAGCAGGAUGAUCAAACUGCUCAACAACUUCACUUUUUCACACCUAACCUUUGUCUUAGCUUACAGCUACUUAUAAAAUAAUUAAAUCACACCCAAGUCGAGUAUGAUUUGAUCGAUUACGGCAACAGAGUUUAUUAACCCUGGGUUAAAUUUGUGGUCAUGUGAUCAUGUUUCAACUGUCUGGCCAUGCAUUUCUUUUCUUUUUUGUUUCUCAUGUCUACUUUAUUAUCAGUAUAUUACAAUAUUCCUGACUAAUCAAUGUUUAUGAUCAUCAUAAGCACAAAAUUCCUGUUGUGUUGUCCUGUUUCAAUUGGAAAGACAGCUGCCUUUAAGGCAUUCAGUCAUAUCCGUUUGAGCGGAUCAACGUUUUGUUACAAUGGCCAGGAGGCAUAGGGAAGACUGUCAGAGUAAAACUGGGUGUUAAUUGUUACGACUUCGUAACUUGUUUGCGAAUUGACAAGAUGUCAGUGCGUCAUUUUUCCACCAUUCUUGAGCGUAACGUGUGAUUCAUUACUUUGGUGUCCGACACUGCCCCCUGUUGGUGAUGAUUUACUUGAUCCCCACACUUGCACCUUCCUGCUAAACAGGUUCAGCUGAACUUCCUGUCAUUAAUUAAAAUAAUUUGCUGUUUGACACAUCACAGAUUACAAUCAGCUGAAUUAAUAUUUCAACAUCCCUAAAGGUAUAAAAAAGUGAAUCAUUAAAGAGUAACGACUUAACUAAACAUUUAACUGCAAACCGCACGUUCCACUGACAUCUUCCCAAUCAGCAAAUGAGUUGCACGUGUCGUCACUGAGACGUUGUUUCUACAGAUGUGUGUAUCCGAAUAUCUGGGAUCUGGAUUAAAUGGGAUUAAGACAAAAUAAUCUGAGAUGAGACAAAGAGAGAAAAGCUCUAAUAAAACUGGAUCAGUGUUAAAUUUGAAAGGAAUAUGCUGUUAAUCUGAACUUUUUGAUUUUUUCCCCUGCCUUUUCAUGUUCAAUUUCUUCUCUAUUCUAAAAGCAUCAAAAAAUGUUUUGUUUGAAUAAAAUCUGGCAAGACA